AGGGAGGGAGAGAGAGAGAGAGGGAUAGCGGACAUGUGUUGGUGAGAGCUGGGAGGAAGGAUGGCUGCCCAUGUUUGAACUGCCUCAGAUGCUCAGAGGAAGAGUCAAGGCAAGAAUUCAGCAGAGGCAGCGGAACAGACGCCUCACUGGGGGACGAAGCUUGCUCAUCAUUUGUGGGGAAGCAGAAAAUAUUUGGCAAUGCCUGCUGAAGUGAAAGAGAGUUCAGAGGGUCCUCCUCCACUCUCUCUGGCCCAGGAGGCCAAAGAGCCCACUCUGGAUCACCCGUCCACCAAUGAUGAACUGGACACGCCCACCUCCAUCGCCUCUCUGAUGACCACAACCAAUGAGAGCUCCACGGAGACCGACACCCCACAGCAAACAGACACUGAGGAGUCCAAGGCUGCGGAACAAGAGGGUGAACCGGCCCUGAGCGAGACCCAAAAAUCUUUGGAGACACAACUGGAGAACUUCCAGACAUCAGACCCGCCUGAUCUCACAUCAACUCCAGUGUUUAAAGACAACACUCCCGCUAAGAAACCCAUUCCCGAAGCAAACCCUGAACCCAACAAGCCUGGCACGCCGAUCACAACGACCGGCAGCACUUCCACGGCAACCCCACAACCUCAGGCUGUACUGCAGCAUGGGGAGGCUCAGCCAGUGAACCCAGCCUGCCAGAGCAGAGUGUACACGCUGCCCGACAGUUACAGAGGCAUUGGGGGUGACUUAUGCGCGGGGUAUGGAAGCCUAUCCCGCGCCACCCUCCACAGCUACUGGCCAGCCAAAAACUUCCAGGCUGGGGCUCACUACACCUUACCCUUCCUCAGGGACAGCUACGCUCCUGCAGGACUCAGCAGCCAGACGGAGGAGGAGGGCCAGGGCGAACGGGGAGGGAACCCUCUGGACAUGAAGACGGACCACCCGACUGCCAGUUACCCAACACUGGGCGGCAUCCACCCGUUCAGACCAAUUACCACCAUGGAGCUUCUCAGAGAGCCCUCGAGAACCAGAGGUGGCUAUGACGACGCCUUCAUGGCCCAGCUAGAGGGGAACCUGAAUCCUUUUUUCCAGGCCAUGUGCCGAGCUCAGACCCUGCAGUUCCCCCACAAGCGCAGCAGCAUGGUCAGCCUGGACAGCAUCCGCAGAGACCCGCGCUGGAGAGACCCCAACCUGCAUGAGGUCAUCUCGAUGCUCAGCCACCCAAUGGACCCAGUCAAGUCCAAUGCAGCUGCUUAUUUGCAGCAUCUGUGUUACGAGAAUGACCGCAUCAAGCAGGAAGUUCGCCAGCUGAACGGGGUGCCGAUCUUGGUGGAAUUAUUGGACCAUCCUAAACCUGAAGUCCACCGCAAGGCCUGUGGUGCUCUGCGCAACAUAUCCUUUGGAAAAGACCACAAUAACAAAAUGGCCAUAAAGAACUGUGACGGCAUACAAGCUUUGGUCAGACUGCUGAGGAAGACCAGCAGCAUGGAGGUCAAAGAGUUAGUUACAGGCACUUUGUGGAACCUCUCUUCACAUGAGCCACUGAAGAUGAUGGUCAUCAACCAAGGGCUUCAAACACUGACUGAUGAAAUCAUCAUCCCACACUCCGGCUGGAGGAGGGACUCGGCCGAUGCUGCCAAAAUGCAGAGCGCUGAGUGGACCACUGUCUUCAAGAACACAUCUGGAUGUCUGAGGAACGUCAGCUCAGAUGGGGCGGAGGCUCGACAGAGGUUGAGGGAUUGUCAGGGGCUGGUGGACGCACUUCUUCAUGCCCUCCAGUCAGCUGUUGUCAACAAGGAUACUAACAAUAAGUCAGUAGAGAACUGCGUCUGCAUACUGCGGAACCUAUCCUAUCAUGUUCACAAAGAAAUACCAGGAACCGAGCGAUUUCAGGAGCCCAACGGCAAUCAUUUGUUGAGGUCAGUAGGGAACCAAAAGAAGAAGAAUGAGCCUGACUGUUUUGGCGGGAAAAGGCCCAAAGAGGAGUGGUUCAAUCAAGGUUGGAAAAAUGGAUUUAUGGACAGAAAGUGCGGUACAUUGGAUUUACCAAAACGUACAGAACAAAUGAAAGGGUUGGAGCUGCUGUACCAGCCAGAGGUGGUGAGGCUGUACCUCUCUCUUCUCACCUGCAGUCACAACCACAACACCCUGGAGGCGGCCGCAGGGGCGUUGCAGAACCUUGCUGCGGGACAUUGGGCUUGGUCCAGCUACAUCCGGGCCACUGUGAGAAAGGAGAAAGGGCUUCCCAUUCUGGUGGAGCUACUGCGCUCGGAUGUGGACAAAGUGGUGCGAGCUGUGGCCAUUGCUCUUCGCAACCUGGCUAUGGAUAGAAGGAAUAAAGACCUAAUAGGGAGUUAUGCGCUGAGGGACCUUGUCGGCAAUCUUCCGUGUGGGCAGCAACUCCCAGCGAAGAAUCUUGAGGGCGAUACUGUGGUGUCUAUUCUCAAUACUAUCCAUGAGAUCAUCACAGAUAGCCCAGAGAAUGCCAGAGCACUCAUACAGGGUCAUGCAGUACAGAAACUGGUGGCCAUCAACAAGUCCAGCCAAUCAGCACGGGAGACCAAGGCAGCUUCCCAUGUGCUCCAGACCAUAUGGGCCUACAAGGACCUGAGAAACGCAUUAAACAAGGCAGGUUGGAACAAGAGCCACUUUAAGCCAACAACCACAGGAGUGACUAAAAAGUCCAAGAGUGGAAAGCAAGGUGCCGAUGACAUCACCUUGCCUCUCAUGGACAAAAGCCAAGAUGUAUAUUCCACCUUAGAGCCGAAUGAUAGAGUUGGAGAUGGAAAAGCACCCGUUGUGGAAAGAGAUGCUCUCCAGGCCACAAGUGAACGAAAACACUUCAUCAGAGCUGGCAGACCCGCAGUGGGCCUCAUGGAUAACAAGCCUCCACCACUGGACUCCUGGGUGUAAACAUGACAACAUGGCCACUCAAGCCGGUUAAAUCCUGCAGAGACACUUUCCAUUGGUGAAAUACUGUUUGCACCCUUUUUGAUCAUUCUUGUGAAGACAGCGAAACGCAUCCAGUUAAAUACAGUUUCCUUCAUUUAUAGGAAAUAAUGUGCCAAACAUUUAAAUGUAUUUAUUAUGGAGAUUAUUUGGCAAUAGGUUUGAUGGAUUUUGUCAUUUAGGAUGAUACACACUAUGUCAGAAACUCGUGAUGGAUUACUGGAAUAGCCUAAAUAUGCAACUGUGGUGAAUGACUCCAAAGAAUUUAUGACAUGUACAGAUUAAAUUUUACUGCUACACGAGUAUGAGAUGAUUUAUAAUACUUGUAGUUUGUCAAGCUAUUAGGACCUGAAGUGACAUGUGGAUCUGUUGUUGUCCAUCUCCCUGGGCAAAGGAAGAUUCUGGUAUAAAACAAUUUUAAAGUACCUUUGGUCAAUGUUUGAGAUCAUUAGCAUUAGGGCUCUCGUCAGCAUAGUCAUCAAAAUCAUGCAAAUUGUUUGGAAUUAAUUUUAUUCUUGCCAAACCUAUCAUCAGACUAGACGUGCAGUCAUUACCAAACUGUCUCUAUUCUAUUUCUUUCUUGAAAGGCAAAAUGAGAUUGUAAAUGUGUAACAAAGGACUGUUAAUAUUCUAAAUGAAGGCAUUUAUAUUUAUUGUAAUACCUAUGUUAUUAAUUAAAGGUUAUUGAUGUGCAUUAGCUAAUACCAGUAAGUAAGCAUAAAUUCAAUACAACUCUGCUUUGCAGUGGUCCCUUUUUGCAUUGCAAUGUUGAAUGAAAAAUUAAAAUAAAUGAUGUGCAUAAUUUCUCAAUUUU